AGUGAAUUCAACAUGGCGGACGAAGGCGAAAGUUUACGAAUCAGUGACAGUUUAUUUUAGGGUUCUCGAUGAAAUAUGUCCGUUUUGUAAUCGACUGAAACAAGAAUAUGUUUUUCUAGAAGCAAAAAAAUUGAAGACGAGAGAUAAUUAUUCCAGAUGGUGGGUAUUUGUUUAUCAGAGUACACAUGUUCCCAACACUGCCUUGCGUUAGCUUACGAGUAAGUUUGUUGACGUUGUUGUGACUUUAACUGGGAACUUCAAAUACUUUCAUCAUUUUAAUUUUUUACUUGUAAUGAAAACUACCAAAUUCAUUAAAUGUUACAAUACCAACCAAAAAAAAAAUGUUUGAUUACCGUAAGUAAAUUAGUUUUCAUUGUCAGUAUCAACAUACAGGCAAUCAGAUGCAGACAUGGUUUUCUUUUAAGUCAAACAGCACAGAUAGUUUUUUUUUACGAUAUUGGCAUUAAAAACCAGUUUUUUUAAAUGUUUAUUCAAGGACGUCAACAAAAUCAGUAAAGGAGAGAUGAGCCUUUGUUACAAAGGAAAAGUUAUAUUAGCACCAAUGGUUAGAGUUGGUACUCUACCAAUGCGACUCCUUGCUCUGAAAUAUGGAGCUGAUAUUGUUUAUGCUGAGGUAAGUGUGCCUUGAAUACCUUAGAGCUUUUUACUUAUGCUUGUGAGAGACAAUGGCGUAAUGAUUGGUAAAAGGUGGUGUAAAUGUGCAAGAUUUGCAAAAUCUGAGCUUGGAUCAGGGGAAGGUCAACAUGUCGUGUUCAUAAAGAGUGGCAGAGGGUUCUUACGUGAGGCAUGAUCAAACCUAAAACUAAUAUUAAUGAUUUGCCUCCUGCAAUAUACAUGACCUGUUAAUUUUUUCCUUCAUUUUGAGAAAACUUUGAGAUUUCCCUGAAACCUCACACACAAGAGGAGACAUUUAAGUUUUGCUCUUCAAAUGUGUGCAUAAAUGCUGCAUAAAGUAUACAUGAUGCAUGAAUUGUCUAAAAUUUGAGCAUGAAUUGGAAUCAGGAACAUCCCUUCCAUCCUCUACUCCCUCCCCCUACCCCUCACCCCUUUGCUUCCCUUAACAGCAGGAGAGUUACUUUCACCAUUCCUCUCUCUACUUGGAAAUAAUGUUACUUGUGAGUGGAUAUCAGUUCCAAAGGAAUUGGAUGAAUGGCUUUGUGGUAACUUAUAAAAGACUAAGACAUGAUCUUUUGGAAAGGGUGACUAAUGGAGAAAUGUAUGACUGUACAAGACUUAGGAGAUGCCAAAACUCCUGUCUGAAAUUAAUCUUAACCAUUCCUCAAACUUCCAAUGCUCUCAAUCAUAACUCUAAGCUAUGCAAGGGGUAAGUUUCUAGAGAAACUGUUGUGGUGUGUCAGUGGGGGAGUAUAACAGGGUAGUUUGGUAUUAUCAACUGAGUUGAUAAUAUAAAUUGGCCACCAUAAAGAGUUUCAAAGCUGAGGUUUCAAGCAUUAGCCCUCAUCAGAGGGAAUGGAAGACUUGUGGGUUGUGUAUGUGUGUUUAUGUGCAGGAAAUGGAACUAUGCUAUUGGUGCGAAGAUGGUGAAGAGAAAACAAGAAUCAAUUAGUUUAACCAUUUAACUCCCAGAUAAAAUUUGUAAUUCUCCUUAGAAUCAACUAUACAAUUCUUAUAAUGUUAGUUCAGAGAAUUUAGUAUUGGAUCAACUUAUUAUCCCUAAAUUGAUAUUUUUCUUUAUUCUCAUGACUUAUCUGGUUGAUCUUGUAUUGAUAUCGUAAGGAGAAAUUCUGUCUUGGUCACCUUUGGGAGUUAAAGGUUUAAUGAAAAGCCCUUGACGGUUGAAUUACCAUCAUCAUUUUCCCACCAAUAGGAUAGCUCCAUUUUCUGCAUACAAAAUACACACACAACUCACAAUUCCUCCAUUUGCUCUGAUCUGGACUAAAGAAGCUGGUUAUUUCUUUCAUUCAUAACUCUAAGCUGUGAAGGGGGUAAAUUUCUAAAGGAACUGUUGUGCUGCGUCAGUAGGAGAGUAUAACAAGGUAGUUUGGUAUUAUCAACCAAGUUGGUAAUGUAAAUUGGCCACCAUAAAGAGUUUCAGAGCUGAGAUUUUAAGCAUUAGCCCUUGUCAGAGUGAAUGGAGGAAUUGUGGGUUGUGUGUUUAUAUGCAGGAAAUGAAGCUACACUAUUGGUGGGAAUAUGAUGACAAGAAAACAGGAAUCAAUUAGUUUAAUGAAAAGCGCUCGACAUAUGAAUUACUGUCACCAUUUUGAUGGGUAGAUGCACUUAGGAUAGCUCCAUUUUCUGCCUAUGAACACACACACAUACAAUCCACAAUUCCUCCAUUUGCUCUGAUCCAGACUGAAGAAGCUGGUUAUUGUUUCUUUUAAUCACUUGGUUUUAAAGAUUGAUUCAGGGAUAACACUGUGAAGAGAAAUUAGAUGCUAGUCACUCUUAGGGGUUAAAGGAAUAACAAAGCUUUUACAAUAAUAAUAAUAAUAAUAAUAAUAAUGGUUUAAUAUCAGUACAUCCAUGGUAUGACUCUUCGCCUGAUAUAAGAUAAAAAGAAAAAAAGCUAGUGGAUGCAAUUCUUAUAUUGUAAUAUGUUUCUUACUGGACCUUUCUUAAAAGUCUGGGUCAGGGUGCAGUGCAGUUUCCUGAUUAUUUUUUUUAAUUAUGUUUUUACAGUGUGAACUCUGCUAAUUAUUGGAAUUUAUCCAGAAGAUAAUUAGAUGUAGCUUUCAACGUUUUCUUUUACUUUUUUAGGAAAUAAUUGAUUUUAAAAUUCUCAAGACAACCCGAAUUGAAAACAGUAAGUGAUCAUGUGUUGUAAAUAAAUUUUUGAUAUCUGAGUGUCAACCACUAUGUAUUGUUUGCUGUUGGCAGUUUGUGUUUUUCUCUUGUUCUCUGAAAUGACAUUGUAUUUUCACUUUUCUAUGAACGUAGGUUUUCAUGAUCAAAUCACCAAUGAUGUGUGAUGUGCCGUUAUUUAUCUACAUGUUGCACAGAUGAGCCUAUUAUUUGGAAUGGUGUAGUUUUUUUAAGCCCUUUAAUUCCCAAGAUGUGAUUGUUAAUUCUACCCUCAAGCUGUCACACAUUAACUUCUUUGUAAAUUAGCUCUGAGAACUUGGUGUUAGAUCGAGAUAAAAACUUCUUCCUGAUAAGCAAGAGUAUUAUUAUAACCUGUUUGCUGGAUAAUGUAUGGAUAUUAUGGGGAGAAGUUACAUGUUUAAUCACUUCUGGGAGUUAAAGGGUAAACCAAAAAAAACUGAAUCAAAUAGAUUCAUAAAUUAUUUAUUUCUAACUUUAACCAGGACAUAAAUGCAGGUCUCCAUAUCAAAACAACUAAAGGGGCCAAAGUUCUUAGAAGUGAGCUUUUGCAGUGUAAUUUAUCGGUAAGUUUAAUCCCUGAAUAACCUUUUUCUUUCAGAACUUUUGGGCACAGUUGACUUUGUGCUCACUGAUGGAACAGUUGUGUUUAGGACGUGUGAGGCAGAGAAACAGAAUGUUGUCUUUCAAAUGGUUUGUACAACCUUCUAAUAACCUGUCUGAGUUUUUAACAAACUUUUAGAAACUAAGAUGAGUACAUCUAUAAGUUAGCAGGUGGAGAACUGAUUACUCACAACAAAUACCUUUAUGUUCAAAACAAAAAAAACAAAAGGGUGGCCAUGAUGCAGUUGUGCAUGUUAUGAGAAACUUGUGAGCUUAAAUCUUGCUUAUAGAUCUGGUAAACUAGACUCUGCAUUGGUGAAUCAAUGGUGCAAGUCCUGACCAGGUCUCUGUGCUGUGUUCUUGGGCAAGGCAGUGUACAAUCAAAUUGGUUCCAUCCACUCAGGAGUAUAAAUAGGUGUUUGCAUAUUGUCCAGGAAAGAUAAAAAAAGGGGAAAGUCAGCUCUCAAGCCAAUUGGCUCAUCCAGCCAGAGCUUAUUACAGUUUCAGUGAGGUAAAGCAUUCACUCCCCCUGGAUGGGAUGCUAGUUCCCACGCAUUUCUUCAGCUUUCCCUGACAGUUCAUCAGUACCUAUUGAUACUCCUGGGUGAAGAGAGGCACCCUGUGAGUAGUGACCAGCCACAUCUCAAACCCAAACCUCUGGACCUACACUGUACAGUCCACAUAUUUAACCAUUAAUCCUCCAACCAACUUUCUAAAUUCCAAUUUGACUUGCAAACAUUGGAUAAGAAGAGCUACCUCACGGAAUGUUAGACUUCUAAUUCCCAUUUCUUUUAUUUUUAUUUGUUUUAUCCACUUGUCUCCACAUACUGUAAGAGAACCUGACAAAAUUCUUGGGGCUAACAAUGGAUGAGGAGCCUAUCUUGAAGGAGUGGCAAUAUACCAUUUGCCUCUGUGCUGUGUAAAAAUGAGGAUAGGCACUGUUCCUGUACAUGUACCAGCAAUUGUAAAAUGUGCCUUUCAAUAUUGUAAAUAUGUUAAAUAUUAUAAUUAUAUAACUUGCUAUCAUGUGAUACUGUUUACUUCUGUUUGUUGCAUUUGCAUAAGGUGUAAACUGGUUCUUGUAUCAACUGUUGAUACACAGCCACAGGCUGUGGUUGACACAUUUUGUGUUUUCUUAGGGCACAGCAGACCCAGAGAGAGCCUUGAAAGUUGCAAAACUCUUGUAAGUCACUGUUAUACUGUUAUGGUCAUUCAAAUUACACAGUCAGACAAUGUUUUAAAACUUACUGUUCUAAAAUUCUGUUCAAAGCCUUGGUGAUCUAAUAGUGGCAAAUAACUAAAGAGUCAUCUGCAAAUGGUUAGAUGUUGUAGUCUCCUUGGGUAAUGACAAUAAAUGUAGGCCCCUUCUGCUUCUCUGUACUGGUUGGUGAGACUCUUGCACUUUUUGCAAAGCCAUGAGGAGGGACUGUAGCUCCUGGUAUUGUGGUCUGGCCUUGUUUCCAAAAAUUCUUGAAUAAGUGAAUAAUUUAAUUUCAAAAAAUUGGAAACUACUCAAAUCAAUGCAAUCUGACCAAAGUUCCCUACAAAUCGUUGUAAAGUGCUUCUGAGCAUAUUGAAAAGGAGAAUGUACCAUAUGAAUGCAUCAUCAUUAUCAUUAUCAUAAUGUUUAUGAUUGUCUCACUUAAUUUGCUUUCUGCUACUCCUGUUAGAGAAAAUGAUGUUGCUGGAAUUGAUGUAAACAUGGGCUGUCCAAAAGAUUAUUCUUGCAAGGUAAUUGAAGGAAACCAUCUUUGAAUUUGAGAGGAUAAUUUGGUUAAAUCACCUAAGUUGUUGAUGUAAAUUGGCCACCAUAAGAAGGUUCUGAAGCUGAUGUUGUAAUGAUGUGCCCUUCAUCAGAGCAACAUCAGCUUUAGAAACUUUUUACAGUUUCUUUAGAAACUUACCCCUUAAUUAAUUUAAAUUAAAUAGUUCACUGCUGGCUGGUGAUGUUUUCUCACACCCUAUUUCAAGGUAGAUUAUUGCAACAAAAAUGUUUGGUACAUGAAUGUACAGCUGGUAGCUGGAUUGCAAGCUUGCCGCUUAUUGUUUUUGUUUCUGUUUGUCUUUGCAGGGAGGGAUGGGUGCAGCAUUAUUGUCCCAACCAGACAAUGUGCACAAGGUCAGUUAUACCAUCCCAUAAAUUUCAUUUGUAACAUUUGUAUUGGGUAUAAUCUUAUUACACUGCACUUUUAAUCUUUAAGCCUUUGACACCUACAUGUAAGAGUGACUAACAUCUAAUUUCUCUUUACAAUAUCACCCCUGAAUCACACAUUGAGGCCAUGAGAAUAAACAAAAUGAUCAUAAAAUAAUGAAACACUUGAUUUUAAAACAAAUUCUCCUUGUCAAUGCCUUGGAAAAUGUGUAGCGAGCAGUAUGGAGAAUAUGUACAUUGAACAUUUUACAUUGAUGUUAGGUUGUAAAGCCGGGGUUAACUAACAUGUCUUUUUACUGGUGGUAUUUUUGUGCAGAUCCUUACAACCCUUGUGCAGGGAGUGUCCAUGCCAGUAACAUGCAAAAUAAGAAUUUUGCCCACUGUAAGUAAACGAUGUGAAUUUAAAUAUUGCCUUUCGUACCAAAAGGUACCUUUUGUUAUUGACCUCUGUGGAACCAAACUUAAAGUUGUCGUAGAGCCUAAGAGAACUGAAAGUAAUUUCUGUUUUAUGUGAAAUGGAUGGAAGAUAACAGUCCUGUGAAAUUUAAAUUGCGAGUCCUUUGUAUUAUGGUUGUUAGCGGGCUCAAACUUGAAAUUCCUUGAAAUUCAUCGAACGUUUUAGAACUUGAAUCUAGGCUCGUCCGUGACUCAAAGUGUUCGAGAAUUACGAUUCGAGUUUCGAGGAACAACUCUCGAGGAUCGAGUUUCGAGGAUCGAGACAUGCGUCCUUAUUCCUAGCUCGUUUCCAGUGUCUCUCCGUUGGGGUUGCAGGAAGAGAGGACCUUAGUUCUCUUAUGUCAAGUUUCCCUUCUGAUUUUGAUGUUUCUAAUUUUUUUUUUGAGGGUGAAAAAUGUUCCGUAACACAAUUUCAGUGUCUGUGACUGACUGUGAUUUGGCCAUCCGUGACUGUUAUGUUCACCCUUAAAACGGAUAACGAUAUUUUUCUCAAGCUCAUCCAAUACUUGCUAAUUAACCCGAUAGUAAUGCCAAAUUCUCUCAACUGAUUUAAAGGAAAAUGUAAAGGAGAACAAGUAGACGGGAGAAUCCUUAACAGGACCUUAUGUAUUAUAUAUUUAAAAAUAAUUUUUUUCAGUUUUUCUGUCGCCUAACGCGUUGUUUAUUUUCGUUCUUGUUUUCUUAUUCUUUGUAGAUUGAAGAAACAGUUGGUUUUGCUAAAAUGGUAGAGGAAACCGGUAUCGUCGCUCUGGCUGUUCAUGGAAGGUAGGUUGGCCACAGGUAUGCAGGGCAAGAACAAUACGAACAUUUUGUGGUUGUUGCUAGGGCGCGAGGCGAGAAAACUGGGUCAAGUUUAUGAACUAGAGGCUUCUGGUAAACUCCUCAUAAAUUAUACUGCGCUUUAGAUAAAAUUAUUUCGGGAAAAUCUUUUUCUUAACGGUUCUACUUCACGAAACAUUAAUCGAAGGUAGAAUAAAAGGAAAGCUAAGCAAAGGGAAAUUAUAAGGAAAGGAAUCCUUGUAGCAGAACGAUUUCUGAACAGUCAAAGACUAUUGUUGUAAUUCAUGAUUUUAUUGAUAUUUUUCUCAGGGAAAAACACGAGCGUUCACGAGAUCCGGUGCACAUUAAUGUCAUACGUGAAGUUGCUAAGGCUGUCUCCAUUCCUGUAAUUGCAAAUGGUGUGUCACUACUGGUAAAUACGUACAAAGAUAUUGAAAAAUAUCGUCAGGAGACAGGUUGUUCGUCAGUCAUGUUGGCAAGAGCCGCUCAAUGGAAUCCUUCAAUCUUUAGGUAAAGUUCUCCAAGGUUUUUAGUUCUGAAAUACUUCUUUUUUCUCUUUGCCAUUAAUUAAACGUACUAAUUCACAUGUCCAGUAAAUAUGUAGCUCGGGAAUAAUUUCGUUGACCUACUUGUGCUCAAUGCUGGUGUGUGAACUUUUACGUCUGCAAGCGAGAAUGACUCAUGUAGCUUCCUGUUUUCACUUCUACAUGUGGUGAGGGUAGAAGGCGGAAUGAGUAUGCAGAAUGGCAUAAUAUAAUAUCUGUGGAAUGACGCUAGGGCAUAAAUUAACAUCAGGACAAUCUACAGGUGUUCCGCGUAAAUUAUACUAUUCCGUAAGUCAUGCCACAUGCCGCAAACGCGUUCCGCCUUUAACCCUCACCGUCCCACGUGUGAAUGAGAACGGGCUUUGUGAGAGGAAAUUGUCUUUCUCAAUAAAACAACCGAUUAACUGGACGAAGAUUGAAAUCGCACAUGAUAAUUUUGAUCCAGAGCAGAAAUGUAUUUUCCUUUCCCGUUUCUAAGAAUGAUACAUGUUGGGUCAAGAUUGAUCGAUCGUACGGCGUAAAGUUUUACUUUGUGUGAUCAAUGUAUUGACCAGAUUAUUUUAAUUUCCAAUACAGGAAAGAGGGUCGCUUAUCUGCCUUACAAGUGAUAACGGAGUACAUUAAACUGGUAAUGAUUCAAAAAUUCAAAUUCCCUUUCUUCUUGUCGGAUACUUUAUUCUUGGUUUUAAACCGAAGUUAUCAUAUCCCACCCAGUUUUAGUAAUAGGUGUGCAAUUCUUAGUCAAGUUGUUGCUGUUUGGGGUGAUUCAACCUCCAAAUGACUUAUGAAUCACUGUCACAUCGAUAUCGCUGCUGUGAUGUGUAAAUGACGUGAACAGCGAAAAAUCUCAGUCAAAGGACGUUAUAUUCUUUACAUGGGUCAUUCCCACUCUUUCAACACUUUUCCGAGGUCAUUCCUUACUAACUACCUUGCAUUAGGCAUCCUCUCUGUAUACACUUAAACAUGUAGCUGUUUUCUGUUAAAAAGCGGAGCCUGUUUGAUAGAGGGAUAACUCCAGUCGCCGUUCUCUCGUAAAGCGAGCACGACCACCUAUCUUCCUUUUCGACUUAUCCAUUGCAUGGAACUGAAUUAAGUAAGUUGAAUAUUCGUCAAGGUGAUAUGUAGCUAUACGAACAUCCUAUAGUGGUAGAGGGAUGAAAAGCAUCAACAUUUAUACCGGAUAUUUAUAUUCUCCGUCUUUGCAGGCUAUAGACUUUGACAAUAACUUUGGGAAUACAAAAUACUGCCUUCAGCGGCUGUUGCAUGAAGAUACAACAUCUUCAGAGGCUCUUCAGCUUCUUCAUGCUAAAGAAAUGCGAGACAUCUGGUAAGGGCAUAAGAAGAAUUUCUGAAGCUUGCUGUGUAGUUGUGCUCAGCAUUAGCACAGGAUUAUUAAAAAAAAUCCCCUACCAGUAUGUGAAAAGCGGAAGUGAAGUGCAUUUAUAUGACGAAGUUUUAAUAUGUCGAGGAAAGACAAAAUGAGUUUCAGUGAUACUUCUUGAAAAAGCUUCAUGGUUUAAAGGUCAGUUUUGCGACGUGCAGUACUACCCUAAUAGCGAAGCAUGUCACAAAAUAUUAUUUCGGUAAGACAGAAAACACAAACGAGGCAAAAGUAAACCAGGAACGUAUAUUAUUAUCUUUAUAUUAUUUUGAUUACCUUACCCUAUACCUCAACCGACAGAUAAUUUGACAUACUGUCUUAGGCAUGAGGAAAACUCAUCUUCUACUCCAUGAAAGAAACUGACUUUUUUUGCAACCUUGCGAACAUUUCCCACUCAUUCCCAAAUUUUGUUACAAACUUUCUCAGUGAAAUAUGGAAUCUUACCUCAUACUUUGAUGAUGCCGUUCAGAGGAGAAAACAUAAAAUGGAAACCAUGAAAGAUGACGAGGUAAGACAGACUACCAAGCAAGGAAUUAAACAAAUUGAUAGUCAAUCAGAAAUGUAAUUCUCCUUUUCGAGGUUGGAAGUAAUCAAGAAAACAAUAUCAGUAUGUUCAUACUUACCUGUCACUCACGUCUGACAACAAAAACAGCAGGUAAAGCUACUGUUCAUGAAAAUUUAUGCUCAGUGCCAAUGAGCAGCUCGUAAUUACAUGACUUUGAAACCAUAAUAAAAGAAAACCCCUCAAAUUAUCCUUCCUAAGAUUUUAAUGAUAGGGUUACUCCUGUUUUGUCCCACGGUGUCUUUUUUGUUGUCGAAUUUUUUCGAACGUAGAAUGAGAAGAGGAAACGAAAAAGUUCGGAUUCUUCAAGUGAAAUAACUGAAAUUAAAGUCAAGUAUCUCAGGUUAGUAAUCGAACUGUGAUUUGUUGUUUUUUUGUCAAUCGUUGAUGGAAAAACAACGUUACUGUUUUAAAUUAAUUCUUAAGCAGUUGCUUUCUUGACUGUCAAUAUUCAUGUUUACCUCUAAUUUAUUUUUCGUCUCUUUUGUAGAAAAAUGUACACAGGUGGUGUCACACCCAAAGGGAUCCUUCUGGAGUGGUCAAGGUUUGCAUUAAAUUUGGUAUUUAUUUACCUCCCCUGUGAAUAAUGUGUAAGCCGCUUAGCGGUUGCUGUCUUCAAGCGAUGGCGACAUCAAAUCUAUAAUUGUGCCUCCACGUCUUGAGUGUAUUUGAACUCUGAUGGGUACACGCCUAGCUUUUCUUUUCUUUAUUGAGGGCCAUGUUGGAUUUGAUACUCCAACAAACUGCACGAAUCUGUAACCAGAUUUUUUUUUAGCGUUACCUAAUUGCCUAACCUUACAAUUUCAUUUCUACACUUGUAGUAGUAGGAGAUGUUGUACAGUUUGGUAGCAGCAAUAGCAGAAGCAACAUUUAAAGUGAAUAAUGACAAAGACAACAAUGACAAAAAGUAAUUUUUUUUCUACUUUCUUUAGGCGAAACAGAAUCAAACAGCCUACAUAUGAAACCGUAAGUGUCUUUUAUAAACCAGUUUUUGGCCUGGUUUAGAGUUCCUUACUCAGAUUUUUCCUCGAGACAAAAUAUGAGUUGGAAUGGUUUAACCUUCUUUAAAUGUACAUUCUACAAUAAGGUAAGUUCCAUUAUUUUAAUGAUUGAAAUUCUUUAGUACAUGGAUACGAAGUCAUGCUUAAUUCGUCACUCUUUUCUUUUUUGGUAGAUUGAAAGGGAAGAGGAUAGAUGGUUCAAAAGUGUUGUUCUCGUCGGAGACAAAAAAUAUUCUUCAACGGAAUGGUGAGUGUUCAUAAGCAAGUGUCAGUUGUUUCCGCUGAUAGGUACUUAAAUUUUCAUCUUUGGUUUUAUUUUACGUGUUGUAAGUGUGGAACACGCGAUGGCCUGGGGCGCUGGACUCUGGGUGGACAGUUCUGGGAUCGAUUCUUGGCCAGGUCAUUGUGUCGUGUUCUUAGUGAAGAUACUAUACUCACAUGAAGUACUUCUCUUCAUCCAGGAAUAUAGAGAGGUAUUGCUAAUUGUCAGAUAAAAUGCAUCCUAUCCAGUAAUAUCCCUAGUCGUUUCAUGCUUUGAAAAGCGGGGUAAGGUCCGGGCGGUGUGCCGGAAUAUUCGGGCGACUAAUUUCGUGUCUUUUUAUAAAGCAAUAUGCUAUACUGUGAUUGGCUAGUUUUGUAUAUCAAUCGUAGGAUGUACUGAAGGAAAAAUCGGUGUAAUAUCAGAUCAUAUAUGAUAAUCAGAUGAGAAGUGGUCUAUAUAAAUAUUUUGGUUAAAAAAAUGAGUUAAGCUUCUUGUUAUUUUCGUCAUAAUUGUAUCUCUGCAGGGAAGGCAGCAAAAAAGCUGCUGAACAGGCUGCCGCCAUUGUUUGUUUACAAUCCUUGGGUGUCCACGACGGACGAUUGAAGGCGGAGAGCACGUGACAUUACCUCUUUCUCCACGGUUCUCCGUGGAAUCAAGCUCAAACAAGCCCCGAAUGGAAUGAAACUGCAUGCUCUCUACUUAUGUCGGAAUGACACAUAAUUUACAUGGAUAGAGGUUGCAAACCACAAUUCAUCCAGUUGUUCAUCAAGACUGGCUUGUGUGUUUCAGGCGUAUUUUUGUGGUAGGCUCUGUAUGGAUGUUGGCUGUUCUGUAGAAAACGAAAAAAAAAAUGCAAUUGUUGUGCCCCGAAAAAGUCAAAAUUUCACUCUCCUGUUUUGUCUGAGUUCGUUGUUAGUUGUCAUGAAUGUCAUUAGUAUAUACCACACAGGUGAAUGGUGCUUUUUGUGCGCACUGAUUGGCUCGUUCGGAAGUGAUUAGGAAGUGCACUUCACCGCUGAGCAGCCGCAGAGGCAAAAUCGCGCGUAAAGAGUUUAAUUUGUGACCAAUUUUCGGUAUGUUGACAGAAAUCCACGAAUUUUUCUAUUUCAGUCCAGUAUAUACUACAAAGACACUUCGCUAAGAUGAAAGUGUUGAAUAUUAACCUCCGUUUAUUUGAAUAAUGGAUAAUUAUUUAUUAUAGUGUUGCUUUGUUGAAAUGUGUUUAGUCAGAAAUCAAGUCCACUUAACAAGGAAAACUUAACAGUCGGUUACUUACACGAGGUUUAAACAAAACCGUGGUUUUACGCAAUCAGUGGGCCUUAGGUUGUACCUGUAGUUAGAUCGAUUUCAUUCACUAAAUGUCCUUUCCACUGUCAGCUUUCGUUCCUCGUGACACUGUUCACGAAAUAAGUGUUCUGAUUAAAGGUUCGGCUAAACUGAAGAUGGUUUAGAACGCGGUUUUGUUGAAAAACGGCUAACGUUUGUUUGAAUAAUCAGACCAUAGAUUCCUACUUUGCAAUUUUCCCGCAGUUUUUCAAUUAUGAUGUCUCCAUUUUACCAGACAAAUAACUUUUGAUUUCCCCUUUUCGUUGAAGGCAACUUUCUAUGUCAAGACAAAAAAGGAAAAUUUCGUCACGUAGCGUAAACGUUGGCUGUUCGUUAAAAUACAUAUGUGCAUAGGCUUCGAAGCUGUCGGCAAAUGGUGCUUUUUAGUCAAAAAGAAGACAACGACAUUGAUCUCAUAUCAUGCCAUCAAGGUGCGAACUCCAAAAUGAAUGAAAGUAAAGGUUAUCUUGUUUUGUUAAAGAAGGUGUGCUUGAAAUUUCGUGCAGAGAGAAAUCAAGCUUGGACAUUUCUAAGGUAUUCUGUCGGAUGGAAUUUAGUUACACUUGACAUAGCCAUUAGUCUUUGAAAUUGUUUGUUGAACUGGGUUAAACGGUGCAAGCGAAUGGUUUGAGGCAGAACAACAUGGCCAGAGGUUGGAAAACGCCAUCGAUAAGAGGCGUCGGUCAUCGUUCUAAAUUAUGACUGCU